AUGGCUGAUUUGGGCUGCUCUUCAGGGCCUAACACUCUGCUAUUGAUCUCAGAGAUCAUUGAAGCUAUUGAUGAAAAAUGUAUUCAGUUAAAUCAUAAUACGCCGCCUGAAUUCCAAAUUUUCCUCAAUGAUCUCCCUAGUAAUGACUACAACACCAUUUUCAGUUCCUUGCCGGCCUUCUAUGAACAACUAACGAAGGAGAAAGGUGAAAAUUUUGGGCCAUGUUUCAUCACAGGAGCACCUGGUUCUUUCUAUGGAAGGCUCUUUCCAAGCAAUUCUAUAGACUUCUUUCAUUCCACUAACAGCCUUAAUUGGCUCUCUCAGGUUCCUUCAAUUGUUGAGAGUAACAGGGGAAAUAUUUACUUGGCGAGGACGACUCCUCCUAGUGUGCUCAAAGCUUACUUGGAGCAAUACAAAAAGGAUUUUUCCUUAUUUAUUAGUUUGCGCUCCAAGGAGAUAACACCGGGAGGACGAAUGGUUCUAACAAUAUUAGGCAGGAGAAAUGAAGAUCCCUUUGGCAAAGCGAGUUACUUUUUGGACCUAUUAUCGAUGUCACUGAAUCACUUGGUUUCAAAGGUAUGCUUAGUUCUUAGGCUUCUUAUUGAAGAAGAAAAGGUAGAUUCCUUUAAUAUGCCUUAUUAUAUACCUUCUCGUAAAGAGUUAGAGGGUAUAAUUUCUGCAGAAGCAUCAUUUUCUGUUGAUAGGCUAGAAAUCUUUGAUGCUAAUUGGGAUGCGAGUAAUGAUGAUGAUGAGAUCAAGGAAUCAUUUAUAAGUGGUCAAAAAAUGGCAAAAUAUGUAAGAUCUGUGCUAGAAUCCAUGCUUGCUGAACACUUUGGGGAUGCUAUAAUUGAUGUUUUAUUCAAUAACUACACAGAAGAUAUCAGCAAUCACCUCUCAAAGGAAGAGGGCUUCGAACAUGAAAGUAACUGUGUCGCUGCCGUCAUCGGCCUUAAGAGUGACGAUGUCUUUGUUUCCGGCACACUUGAGCAUCUUGGACAUGUUGUUGAGGUUCAUCCCCAUGGACAGGUUCCAGUCGCAACGGUAGUGGUCGAAGCCCUCAAAUCUCAGGAGGAGAGCUACUAG